GGAAGAGUGGGGGCAAGGGUGCAGAAUAGCAAGUUUUCCUCAACGGAGGAUUUUUUUCUGAGCUUAGAAUCAGGAAGUGAAGGCUAUUUCCUUGUAGGGGACACCCUCUGCGUCUCUCUCUUUUACUCAAGCCACCGUUGCCCAGCCUGUUCUACCAGACAACUUGCCCAGGUCAGAGGUCUGCGUAGAAGCCCUUUUCUGAGCAUCCUCUUCUCUCCUCACACCUGCCGCUGUCCUCUGCAUUGCUGUCAAAUUAAAUCUUGCAUCACCAUGGUGCACUUCUAUGGCCUACUCACCCUCCAACGGGAGCCAGUGCCACUGAAGAGUAUCUCUGUGAGCGUGUCCAUUUACGAGUUUGUGGCUGAUGUGUCUGCAACUUUGAACUAUGAGAACGCGGAGAAAGUUCCUUUGGAGGCCGUCUUUCUGUUCCCCAUGGAUGAAGACUCUGCUGUUUACAGCUUUGAGGCCUUGGUGGAUGGGAAGAAAAUUGUAGCAGAAUUACAAGACAAGAUGAAGGCCCGCACCAACUACGAGAAAGCCAUCUCCCAGGGCCACCAGGCCUUCUUAUUGGAGGAGGACAGCAGCUCCAGGGAUAUCUUCUCUUGCAAUGUGGGUAACCUCCAACCUGGGUCGAAGGCCUCAGUCACCCUGAAGUAUGUGCAGGAGCUGCCUCUGGAAACAGAUGGGGCUCUGCGCUUUGUCCUCCCAGCUGUCCUGAAUCCUAGAUACCAAUUCUCUGGGUCGUCGAAGGACAGUUGCCUUAAUGUGAAGACUCCUAUAGUCCCUGUGGAGGACCUGCCCUACACACUCAGCAUGGUCGCCACCAUAGAUUCCAAGCAUGGCAUUGAGAAGGUCCAAUCCAACUGCCCCUUGAGUCCCACUGAGUACCUAGGAGAAGACAAGGCUUCCGCUCAGGUUUCCCUGGCUGCUGGACACAAGUUUGAUCGGGACGUGGAACUCCUGAUUUACUACAGUGAGGUGCAUACCCCCAGCGUGGUUUUGGAGAUGGGGAUGCCUAAAAUGAAGCCAGGUCGUUUGAUGGGAGAUCCAUCCGCAAUGGUGAGUUUCUAUCCAAAUAUCCCGGAAGAUCAACCAUCAAAUACCUGUGGAGAGUUUGUCUUCCUCAUGGACCGCUCAGGAAGUAUGCAGAGCCCCAUGAGUAGCCAGGAUACAUCUCAGCUGCGCAUCCAGGCAGCCAAGGAAACACUGAUUUUGCUGCUGAAGAGUUUACCUAUGGGCUGUUAUUUCAACAUCUAUGGAUUUGGCUCUUCCUAUGAGGCAUACUUUCCGAAGAGUGUGAAGUACACUCAGCAAACAAUGGAGGAGGCUCUGGGGAGAGUUAAGCUUAUGCAGGCCGACCUAGGGGGCACUGAAAUCUUGGCACCACUCCAGAACAUUUACAGAGGACCCUCCAUCCCAGGCCACCCCCUACAGCUUUUUGUCUUUACAGAUGGAGAAGUUACAGACACGUUUAGUGUAAUUAAAGAAGUUAGGAUCAACAGACAGAAACACAGGUGUUUCUCAUUCGGUAUCGGAGAAGGUGCCUCCACCAGCCUAAUAAAAGGUAUUGCCCGGGCAUCAGGCGGCACCUCAGAAUUUAUCACAGGCAAAGACAGGAUGCAGUCCAAGGCUCUCAGGACUCUGAAACGCUCUCUGCAGCCUGUGGUAGAGGAUGUCUCUCUGAGCUGGCAUUUGCCUCCUGGUCUGUCUGCUAAAAUGCUUUCCCCAGAACAGACCGUCAUCUUUAGGGGUCAGAGAUUAAUCAUCUAUGCCCAACUGACCGGGAGGAUGCCAGCAGCAGAGACAACAGGAAAAGUAUGCCUCAAAUACACACUCCAGGGCAAGACUUUUGAGGAUAAAGCAACAUUUCUUCUACAACCCAAGCCUGAUGUCAACUUCACCAUUCACCGCCUUGCUGCCAAGUCCUUGCUCCAGACCAAGGACAUGGGCCUCAGGGAGACUCCAGCAAGUGAUAAAAAAGAUGCAUUGAACCUCAGCCUUGAGUCUGGUGUCAUAAGCUCCUUCACAGCUUUCAUUGCUAUCAAUAAGGAGCUCAACAAGCCAGUUCAGGGGCCUCUGGCUCAUAGGGACAUCCCAAGGCCAAUGCUGUUGGGUGCUUCUACCCCAUUGAAGAUAAGAUGCCGAUCAGGUUUUCGAAAGGCCUUACCCUCCGACCGUCCUCCUUCUGCAUCUCAGCCCAUAAGGAGAGUUAUGUGUUGUGAGGCCGUCUCAUUCCAGGUGGACAAUUACAGUCUCUGUGGGUUGAUAAAUCACAAGGACCGGCACAGUCCAGGCUUUGGAGAGAAUCAUCUUGUGCAGCUGAUUUACCACCAAAAUGCAAAUGGUUCCUGGGAUCUGAAUGAAGAUCUAGCCAAGGUCCUAGGUGUGAGUUUGGAAGAAAUAACGGCUGCACACCCUGCUGAGCUUGUGGAUUCCUCAGGCUGGGCCACCAUCCUGGCUGUGAUCUGGCUGCAUGGCAAUGGUAAGGACUUGAAGUGUGAAUGGGAGCUUCUGGAAAGGAAGGCCAUGGCCUGGAUGCGUGUCCAUGCAGGUAGGAGCACAAUCCUAAGGCCUGUCUCCUUCCCCUUCCCUGGCCUGGCAGAAGGUUACCACAAGAGAGUCCCAUUGUCACCUGUCUCCACCAUCCUGCUUCAGAUCUUUACUAAUCUGCCUGCUAGUUCUUUUCUUGGGGGGACAAGGGUGAAAUCUUAAAUUGGGGACAAGGUAGGCGGGUGAGUAGGGAGGGAGAGGGACACGAAUGGGGAGUGUGAACUGUGAGAAGGACAAGUGGCAUUGAUUCUCCUUACUGUCUCAGUACCAAGCUGAGUAGAAGACUAGAGUUGGAGUGUAUUCUCCUGGCUGUUUGUUAUCUCACUGCAGCUGAGUGUAUCUGGGGCCAGAGAAGAUUCAAGGAGAAUCUGGGCAGUAAGAGGAGAAAAAGCAGGGAUAUUGAGGACAGAGAAAAGCACAACUCCUAGAUGAUCUGGGAGGUUUGGAGGAGCCUCUCAUUGCGAUCCUUCAUCCCUGAUUCUUGUUUUUCCUCACCACAGGCUCCACCAUGCCUUUGGUUGUGAAAGCUGCUAUUACUUUCCUGAAGUCAUCUGUGGAUCCUGCUAUCUUUGCCUUUUGAAGAUACCAUCCAGAAAAAGAAGUGCCUUUAAUUUGCUACUGUCAUUUCCUCUAUUAUCACUUCUUCUGUGAUAAUGUGUUCUUGUGUUUUAUAACUCUUUAUUUUUUGCCAUGAAAGUAAAGGAUGCUUACUCCACUUUGCUUCUCUGCUCCAGGUUCACUUUGGAUAUGAUCUUUCUUUUCCCAACAUAUCCCCUCAGAAAAGUGACAGUGGUCCCAGAACCUAUUCCCUUUCUUGAAGGAGUUCAAACCAUGCGUAGGCUUGUAAUGUUCCUCCCAGGGUUUCCAGGGAAACAACAUGAAAAACAGGUGACAUGAACUACAGACUAAAGAUUGCAGCCUUGAUGUUAGGGAAUGCCUGAACUAGAGAAUUUUCUGCAUUAUCUUUGUCUGUUCACUUUCUAUCUUAUAUACUUGUCAGGACUAUACUGGUAAGCUUUGAAGUUUUCCGUGUGUAGGAGGAGUUAGAGGGAAGUUGAAAGCCAACAUCUGGAUCAAUGUAAUGUCAAGAUCACAAAAAGAGAGACUCCAGGGGUCCUCUGUGAGAGGUGGCACUGUUGGGGACCUUCCUGAUUCAUUCUGCCUGGGCUUUGCUAGCCUGCACAACCUACAUGCCUUUUCUUCCACUGCCUGAAAGACUUGGUUUGAACUCUAAUUGUUGGAGAGAGAUGUUCCUCCUUAAUCAUGAAACACCUUAGGAAGAAGUCUAUAAUGCAAUCCUUAGUCCUACCCUGAACCUAUGAGUCCUCUAAGUCAGGCCCUGAUCUAGUGCAGUAAAGGGAAGGGUGGGCUUAAUGGGAGCUUUGCCUGGGACCUGAACCUGGAGGACUUACCACAUUAGGAAGAAAGGAACUCCCCAUGAUCGCUCCUGACCCUUGUGUCUCAUGUACCCUAUCCUAGUGGAAAUGAUCCUGUUUGAUAUGCUAUCCCUUAAAAUAACUCAUAUCAAUGCUGUCCCUUAAAAUAACUUGUAUCAAUAUUAAAACGACUAUUUCUACCCUUUGAUGA